AUGGCAGCAAGAAUAGCAUCGAAGUCAAGAUCGAAGAUAGCUACCCCCGCCCUGGACAGCUCACCCCAGCGGGGGAUCUCCGUGGCAUCCGGAAACUGGUGCACGGGCCAGCACCCCCACCCGCUGGCGAGCAAUGUACCACUCACGGAGCUGCUGAGGGGAGGGGGUGUCACGAGCGCGCUGCUGCUGCUGUUGCUGCAGGCGCUGACCACUGCCGGAGCCGACCCUCUGCGCAGUGCCACCCCGACCAGCUCCACCUCCUCCGCCACCGCCUCCUCCACCGCCGCCACCUCCGCCACCUCCGCUCCCACCACCACCGCCGCCGUUACCUCCGCCUCCACUGCCGCCACUGACACCUCCACCCCCACCUCCACCUCCACCGCCACCCCCACUCCCCCCGCCGCCUCCACCUCCACCUCCACCGCCCGCGCUAGCUCCUCCUGCGCCCCUACCCCCCUUGCCCUUGCCAGAGCGGCGUCUCCCACUAGGGGUAGACGGCGCACUGACCAACUCAAGCCCAAGCAGGUUAGCCGUAGCAGCAGAGGCAAUAGAGGGCAGAAGGGGGGAGGGGGAACACCCCUCAAAAAUGAGGGUGCGCUGGUCACCACGAGAGGCUCCUACAGCGACUAUGCUCUUCUUCGCUGUUAA